AUGAGUGUCGCAUUCGAGCCUCGGAACUUCAUACACGAUGGGGGAUAUCCUCCCAUCGGUGACGACCACGACCAUGAUCACACCGCCGACCAACGAUUUACCGACAAUGAUGUCGCCGAGCAGCUCAGCCAAUACACAACUGAGGCGUCCAUGCUUCCAGACCCCACAGGCGUUCUUGGAGACGACCGAGGGAUGAUGCAAGACGAUGCUUCUGUUGUGCACGAUGCGACUCGACUCGACUUGGGGCACCCCGCAUUCCCCUCGCCCAUCGACACUGCUAUGCCAGCACCACAAAUCGACGGUAUUCCUGACGACAAAGACCUUUCGCCCAGCAUCGACUCGCCCCCUCCCCCUCGGGUCAGGCCUAUCGCCAAGCCAGAGAGAGAAGCUGUAAAGGGCGUAGAUGGCAAGUUCCACUGCACGCAAGAAGAUUGCCAAGAAGAGAUUCGAGUAUUUUCGCGAAAGUGCGAAUGGAACAAGCACAUGGACAAGCACGAACGACCCUAUCGAUGCCCUGCCGUAGGAUGCGAGAAUCUCCCCGGUUUUACAUAUUCAGGUGGUCUACUUCGACACGAGCGCGAGGUUCACAACAAACACGGAGGGCCCAAGAAGACAGUCAACUGUCCUCAUUUGAAUUGCAAGCGACACACCGGGAAGGGGUUUUCAAGACUGGAAAACUUGAACGAGCAUCUUCGCCGUGUUCACACAAACCCUGAUGGAGCUGGAAACACUCCUCCCCCCGAUAUGGUCUUGUCCGACGAGAACGACAGCGAGCAGACAGGUGUGAAGCGCAAGCGUCGUGCAAGCGAUACGGCCAACGCGGAGAUAAUCGAACUCAAAGAGGAGGUCAAGCGGCUGCGCGAAGAAAACGAAAAGCUCACGGCCGACGUGGCGCAGCAGUCACAGCACUCUUUGGCUAUGAUGGCCCAGAUUGCUGAGUUGCAGGACGCUCUGCGAAAUGGCGUUUCGCAUCAUGCUCUGGGAGCUCCCACAGCGCAGAUGAUUUAG